CACAGAGUGUGUGGUGAUUGUGAGUGGGGCUGGCCCAGCCCCAUCCCCAGUGGGUGCAGCUGUGAGCAGCAGGUGAGCAGCACUGACAGCAAUGAGCCAUGGAGUGCCCAGGGGCACUGAGCAACACCAAAGGGAGCAGAGGCACACAGGGGCAGGGCAUCAGCAUGAGGGGAUAAAAGGCUGGGCUGGAGAACAAGAACAGCAGCUGUUUGAAGCCUUCUGAAGUGGUGUGGUGAUACUCUGAAUGGGCAAUUGCUUAAAGCUCUCUGAAAUUGUGUAGUGGUACUCUGUGUACCGUGGCCCUCUUGACUGCAGCAUGUGCUGUGGUGUAUAUUGGGUUGAUGCCAUCCUGUGCACAGGUGACUCAAACUCAAGAAUUUCCAGCAAUCUGUUCAUAUGAACAGUGUAAAUCAACCUGAGAUCCUGACAGACAAAUUGGCUUUAUAAACCCCGUUUAGCUUUUGUGUGUUCUGGCGUUGCUAAAAGUGAUGGAUCAAAAUCAGAUCCAGAAAAUGGAUGACUUCAAGCCUGGGAAUCCCAAUAUUUAAACAUUUUGUUGUAAAAGGGAUCCAAUUUAUCUCUCACCUCCUAAGAAACUCUCUCAGCUGGUAGAGAAUUUGCUUUCCUGGAGAGGACUCCACGUUCAGUGAUAAAUCAUAUCUGCAUAUCUGCAUGUAUGAACAUGGGUGACAUCCUCCCGGUGCAGUAUGUGAGCUCCUGACCACCUCAGCAUUUGACUUAUCUCAAAGCUAGGACCAUAUCAAGAAGCUGCUCUGAGAGACCAGAAGCACUAAAUGGAGGUGUCUGUGCUGCCUGCCUGGGAGGCAGGGAGAGCUGGCUCAGGAAUAAGGCAAAUGGAUAUCUGAUAACUUCUGAAACAGAAGGAAGAAUUUGCAGAGGAGUUUGCUCUGUCUGGGAGGCUUCAAAAGGUCAAACUACCCACAGCAGCUCCAGCAGAAGAACUGAAUCAAUGUCUGUCUGCACUGUCACUCACAGCCAGGGUAUUUCCAUGAACUUACUGCUUUCCAGAGCAGUGCUUUUCCAAGCAACCACCAGCUCUGGAGUCAAGUUGUGGCCUUUGAAUGAUUCUCGUUACUCUAAGAGGAACAGAUAAAGAGAAUUAGAUGUGCUUCCUAAGGAGUGCUUCAGUAGCAGGGAAGAGAGCAGCGAGGCAGCUCUGGAGUUGCUUCACCAUCUGUUUCUGUGCUCUUUGCUCCAAAAUGCUGAUCAGAAACUGAAGCCACGUUGUCUCCCUUCACAGCUUGGAAUAAUCCUUUGUGUCUAACAGAAGAUGAGAAUCAAAUUAUUGUUUGGUCUAUGGAAAAAACAUGCCUGGUAAAAUCAUGACUUUCUCAAUUAGUUCAACACAGAAAAUCAGGAUUUGCUGAUUCCAGCCCACCGCUUAUUUUUUACUCGGUUCAAGAAUGAGCAGGACAAUGCUGUGGUGCAUUCUUCCCAGCUACAGAAAGAGAAAUGAAGAAAAGAUGGAGUGAUUCUGAAGAGUCAAUUGCAAAAGAAUCAUUGACACUGUGAAGUGAAUUUGGCUCCUGUGAAGAUUCCACUUGACCACUAAAUGCAAGUAAAUCAGAAAUAAAAGCCAGAAGAUAUCCAGCCUGAACAGAACAGUAAGAUGAGGUGUAGAGUGCAGGUGAAGCAGAGAACCUUGUCUCGUUUCUCCAUGUACAUCCUACAGUGCUGGACUCCCCUUGCAGGGACCUGCUGUUUCUGCCAUGCCUGGUGUGGAGAAGUACGGCUCAGGUGGAUGCUCUCUCCAGGAAACAGCAACCCACGUGAGGUGUAUGCUGGGCACAAAUUUCAACAGUGAGGGCCUUAUGAAGACACUGGACACAAACAGCAGAACAGGAGCCUGCCAGAGUAGUCCAAGACUGAAGUCUACUAAAGGGGGUGUCCAUGUCAGCAGCCUCAGGAUUCCAAGGCAUGGCAAGUCAGCUGGAAAUUCAGAGUGCCAGGAGGAAAUUCCAAACUUGUUUUGCAGAAGAAGAUUCUGCUGUUUCACUGAUCUGGAAAGUCCCGUCCAUCCCUUGGUGGUUUCACCUUGCACUCAGGAUGGUACUUGAAUCGUGCUGUCUGCCUUGCAGCUACAAAAUACUGUUAGCACAGGCUCAGAAGAGAUGCAGAGGAGAUCAGCCCAGGUCAAGAAAUGAAACGUGAUGAUGUACUUUUGAAACAGUUAUGCCAGAGGACUAGACACCUUUGCAUCUGGAUUUGCAGAUGUCUUUGGCCAAGCUAGAUAAUGAGAGGUGUGUGGUACAUGUGAGCUGCAUUAAACUGCUGACCAGUUUAUCACAGAAUAUUCUUAUGCCCUUUUUCUCUCAACCUCCAGCAGCUGGACAUUCCUUGCAGGCUGUCUGUUCAUUGCUACAAGUGGCAGAGUAUUUUUAAACUUAUCAAAUAGAAAGAUCAAUGUCCUGUUGCAUUUUCCUUUGUGUUAAUACACAAUUCCUCUGGAAAAGACUUAAAACAGAAAAUCAAGAACCUGUGAGCUGGUCCUCAGAUUCUCCAUGGGAGCAGAGGAAGAAAAGCCUGAAAAUUUAUUAAAGAAAUUUUAAAUUUUUGUCUUUGAUAAAAAUUUUUGCAAUUUAUUCUAAAAUGAAACAAUAGGAUUCUUUUAAUAAUAACAAACUGAAAGGAAUCCUGAAGAAUCAGAAGCCUGAAGCUGCCAACAUGAGCUACUGUAGUGGAUUCUUCUCUCCCAUGGAAUGCACCAAGAGAAGUCUUCUGCUGGUUUUCAUCUCUUUUACAGCAAUAUAUCUGAUUUCCUAUUUUUAUACUUCUCGUCACCUUGCUGCUCUACCUAAACGUGAUGAUCUUCACAGGGAAAGUGAGAAGAGUUUACUUGGAAAAAUAGUUACAAAUUUCAAACAAAUCUCAGGGGAAAAAAAAGGAGAACUACCGCCUGAAAAUGAGAAAUCUGGAAAUAAAGCCACACCCACUCCGACAGAGUCAUCUGCAUUCAUUAUCAAUGAAGAAGAAAAGUGUAAAGACAAAACACCUUUCUUGGUGCUGCUGAUCUCGACGACAGCAGCAGAAGUCCAGCGCAGAAGCGCCAUCCGGGAGAGCUGGGGCAGCGAAGCCGCGGUUCCCGGCGCCGACGUCAUUCGGCUGUUCAUGCUCGGCAGCGGGACCGAGGGGGCCAGCGGGGACGUUCUGCUGAGAGAGAGCCAGCAGCACCACGACAUUAUCCAGCAGGGCUUCCUGGACACCUACAACAACUUAACUCUUAAAACUCUGAUGGGCGUGAGCUGGGUGGCCUCCUACUGCAGUGGCAUGAGGUUUGCUAUGAAGACAGACAGUGAUGUUUUAGUCAACACGAUGUACCUGAUUGAAAAGCUGCUCAGGCCUCUCCCGACUCCCACACAGAAUUAUUUCACAGGCCAUUUAAUGACAGGGCACAGCCCUAUUCGGAAUAAAGCCAGUAAGUGGUACAUGUCAGAAGAAGAAUUCCCUGAUAACAGAUACCACCCUUUCUGUUCAGGAACUGGCUAUGUCUUUUCUGGAGACCUGGCUGCAAAAAUUGUAGAUGCUUCCAAAAUGAUUAAAUGUAUACAUUUGGAAGAUGUUUACGUAGGGUUUUGUCUUAAUGCAAAGGGUGUAGAAAUAGUUCCACCUCCUUAUGCACUGUUUAACAUACACAAGGCCAUUUCUCCUUGUGCGUACAAUAAAUUAAUUACAUCUCAUCACAUUGAGCCACAUGAGCACAUACUCUAUUGGGAAGCACUGCAAGAGAAGGAACACGUGUUAGAAGACAAAGGUCCAUCCUGGAGCAGCCUAGGAACUUUCUUAGGCAAUGGGCAAAGCAGAAGAUGUUUCCUUAGUAGGAACAGAACAUCUGUGUAAUGAUAACUUUCGAGGUCCAUGCACAUCCUGAAUCAGGUUUUGUAUGAGGUUGAAUUAAAAGGAUUUUUCCUCCAUGAAGAAGCCUUUCUCUGUUGAGUGAAUACUGAUUUACCUUAUUUAGUUUUGGAAGAAGCAUGAAUUAAUUUUUCAAGCCAGCAAGAGACCAUAUCAACCCUACUGAAGAAAAAGCAAAGACAAUGCAAUGAAACCUGUUCUUUCAUUAAAAACUAAUACGUUAAUGUGUUAAUUUUAUACUGCUUGGAUGUCAUUUGUCUACGUACCAUUAAAUGUACUCAUGUGGCAUUCCAGUGUGACUGAAGAAGAAAGCAUACAAGAUAUCCUGUGCUGGGGAAUAAGUGCCAGAAGUGUGGGCAGAAACUGCUUCUUCAGAAAAUCUAACAUUAGCAUUUCCCAGAUCUCAGCGCCCACAGUGGCUACUACUCUCUGUGGUUGUAUAUACAAAGAAAACUUCACACACAAGAUAACACUUAUUUGUUAUCAUGGAGAUGUAAAAAAAUGAGGAACAUUAAAUGCUGAUGAACUAUCCUGUUAGUGAUAUAAUAAAUAAUAUUUUAGGGCAUUCGGCUGUGUACAAAAUAUUCUCAUAGUUAAGUAUAAAAUAAGAUGAUGCUUACAAACCUCAAAAGAUAAAAGUUUCAGUCCAAAUCCCUAUCAGAUGCACAUGGAAAUCAAAAUGUCAAUCACAUGAACACCAAACACUUCAGUGAGAAAGUGAGUAUACACUAUAUGCAUCCCCAAUGUCAUUUUAUAAAUGUACAUUAUGGUGUUUCAUGAAGAAACUCCUGAGUCCUGCAGUGCAAUCUUUCUGUGCUCUUUGCAGCUCCAUUCCACCCAGGACUGACAGGCAGUAGGAGCCUGGGUGCAGCCACUGAACACAAUGCAUUUCUCCCUUACGGGAAUUUGGUCUUAAACCUUUUGAUUAAGCAAUAUUAUUACUCGUCUAAUACCUACACAGGACAAUUUUUCUAUCUCAAAUGGGUACCUAUUCAUCUGGACUUUGAAGACCUUUUGCAUUUAUCUUGGAAAAGAUACAGCUAGCAAGGACAACACUCCCUCAGGGCUUUACUGGCCCUGAGGUCUCCCAAUAUUUUCUGAAAUUUUAUAAGUUUUACAGGAAGUUGUGUUUAAAAAAUGAGUACUUUUGGACGUAAUAUGUUGAUUACUCGACAGAAGCCAUGACAUCUUGUGAUUUCUAGGGAGGCUGAACCUAGAACAGUGACUAGACAGAGCUAAAGGAAUAAAGUAGGAAUUUAUUAAAAGGCCUCAAUGGAUGCACCUUGGGCAGCACAAGAGCCUGCCCAGAGCUACACCCAAGAUGGACCCAAAAGGGUCACAAAAAUGGAUGACUGGUCACAAUGUCUCUCACUUUUAUAAGUUUUGGCCCAUUUUCAUAUUGGGGUUAAUUGUCCAAUUACAGCUUCAGGUUAUAAAGUUCUAUCCUCCUUGCUCCUCUCUUCAGUUCUCUGUUGUUUAUACCUUUUGGGCCUGAAAAUUGUAAUGGUUGUCCUUGGUUUCAAGCUGGAAAGGGAUUGUUUUGUCUACCUACCUUGUGAAGAGAACUGACACUUAAUAUGAAGCUCAGAGCUACCCCCCUAGGCAGCACAGAAUCUGAAAAACAUGAAAGCUGAAGCUUAACACAUCACUUGUGUAGCUGACAACUUUACCUUACAUUAAACAAUGCGAUGAGCUCAGCUCUGAAAUCUGUUCCCUCUACUGGGUGGGGGAGCAUCAUGUCAUGCAUGCUUAUGCAGUAACAACCUGUGAAGGUGAGCAAAACCAAACAAACUCAACCCUCACAUGUUCUCCUGGAUGGCAGUAAAGUCCUCAGGUUUGUUCAGUAAUUCCUGAAGAUGGGGCCCAGCAGAAAAGGACUUGGGGUUGCUGGCUGAGAGCAGCUGACCAAGAGCCAGCUGGGCCAAGAUGGCCAAGAAGGCCAAAGGCAUCCUGGCUUUUAUCAGGGAUAGCGUGGCCAGCAGGACCAGGGAGGAGAUUGUCCCUUUGUACCCAGCACUGGGGAGACCUUACCUCAAAUCCUGUGUCCAGAUCUGAGCCCCACAGUCCAAGGAAGACUUUGAGAUGCUGCAGUGAGUCCAGAGAAGGACAACCGAGCUGGUGAAGGGCCUGGAGCAGAGGAGCCUGGAGGAAAGGAGGCUCAGGGGACCUUACCAUGUUCUACAACUGCCUGAAAGGAGGUUAUAGAAACGUGGUUGGUUUCUUCUGCCAGGCAACCAGAGACAGGAUGGGAGGAAAUGGCCUCAAGCUGCACCAGGGAAGGUUCAGGUUGGCCAUCAGGAAUAAUUUCUUCAUGGAAAGAGCUGUCAAGCAUUCGAACAGGCUGCUGAAAGUCAUGGAGUCACCAUUACUGGAGGUGUCCCAAGAAAUGACAGGAUGUGGCAUUCGGUGCAGUGGUUUAGUUGUCAUGGAGGUACCUGGUGAAAGGCUGGACUAAAUGAUCUUGGAGGCAUUUUCCAACCCUAAUGAUCCCAUGAUUGUGUAAGAUAACAGAGGCGUUAUCACAGCCUGAAGCUGAGAGCACAAGCAGCGUAAUCACUGGCAUUCAUUAACAGAGACUUGCCAGCUGUACAAAUAAAAGGCUAUAAAGACACUAAUUCCUCGCUUUGUUUGGAGGCUGUGGAGUCUGCCACACCAAUGUACAGUUAUGGAAGCAGUGAGAGUUUAUACCUCCUAGCAGGAAUAAACACCAAACCCCAAACUAUUAAAAGUUAUAUAGACUUGCCAGCAAAAUGAACCAGUUCAUCAGCCAGCCCAUACUGGUGAAAGGAUACAAGAAACAGGAGAAGUGAUCUAGAGAAGAAUGAUCAGUAAUUGGUGUUAAGCUGUCCUUUCGGCUGGGUCCAGCAUUUGGAACAUAAGUCAAUGGAUCAGGUCGGAUCAAGUACCUGCAAAAAGAAAUCACAGCUGGUACUAAAACAACGUGCUGCAAGCCAGGGAAGCACUUGCCUUUUAUCAUCUGUGCCAAGGGCUUGAAAUGUGAAGGCUGUAUAAAUGGAAACUGGGUGCUUUGCUCUGCCCGUAGAUGAAGGAAUGAGAUGCUUGAUGGAGCUCUGCUUUCCUGGAGAUGGCCAAACACCCCCUACCCAUCAGAAGUGAGAAGAAACUCUUUGCUUUGAUUUCACACAAGCUUUUACGUAAGUUAUCAAACUGCCUUUACCUGAGCCUAAGAGAGUUCUCCCUUUCAGCCUCUCAGUUUUCUCCCCAUCCCACCUCGGGGGGAGCAAGCAAGCCAGCAGCUGUGUGAGGCUUGCUUCAACCAGGACACCCAGAAACAGGCAGGCAACAAGCAAAUACUUACUUGUGAAGCCAUUUCUCGUGACUGACAAAGGAAGGGGAAAAAGAAAACAAAAGACAAUUUAAACAGAAGUGAAUCUAAAGAAACAAAUAUGGACUAUUAAACAGGAGCCACAGAAAAGCAGCCAUACAG